UUUUACUCGUGAUAGGGCCCAAGGAAGAUCUUCCAUUCAGACGCUUGAAUAAGGGUGGAUUUGCCUCCUCUAAGUGCUGCUUAUGCUAGACAGCAUAGUGAUCUACGAGAAUACACGAGUUCUCUGACCGCCAGAUAUGGGGGACGCGGACAAAGAGCGCGAGGAAAAACUGAAAUUGGCGAGGAAGAAGUUGAACAAGUUUCGGCAAAAGAAGGUAACAACUUCCGGUGACGCUGGAGAUGCAAAGGACUACUCGACGGAGCGUCUGAUGCCUUCAAACAAGCUCAAUGGCUCAACGACGUCCCUAGAAUCUGUUGAGAUUGGAGGCGAAGAAAACACGCUGGGCUCUGGGCCAGUGCCAGCACAGAAAGCAAAUACUGGGGUCGUUUCGGCUGGACUGCCUCCUCCACCACCAUCCUCAGCACUGCCACCGCAAGCAUAUACUGCUGCUCCACGGGGAAGAGUAUACGAUCCUGAGGUCCUGAAACCGGACAUAUCACAAGGUGAACUUGAAAAACCAGCGACAGAGGGAAAUACCAAUGAUGGAGGGUCUUUUUUGGGUGGGUGGAUGGGGAGAAUUAUUGGCCGAACGCCCUCAUCGCCGUCAGCACCAUCCAUACAUCCAGAUCACCAUACGAGUGUGGAGGCUCAUACCGUUGGCGUGCCAAGGAAUAAUGCAACAGAUGGUCAAGAUCAGUCACCACUAUCCAUUACACCGCAAUCAACCUCACCUGUCCAUGCUCCUCCAAAGUCGCCUUAUGCUUACACCCAAUCACCUUCCGUCUCACAUCCAACCCCGACUUUGCAAUCUGGUGCGUAUUCGACAUCAGAUAAUUUGCACAAAAUAAAUGAGCUGCAAGCCGCUUUGGAAGUCGCUCGACUGGAAACGAAACAAGAGCACGACGCUCGCAUGGCGGUCGAGCAGCGAGUUACCAUCUUGACAGCGCAGAUUAACGGUGCUCUGGAGCGAAUGGUAAAGGAGAAACAAAGUUUGGUGGAGAAGCUUGCGUCUGCCGAACAGGAAAGAGAUGCGGCAAUUCAGGAAACAGAGAGAUUGAAGGUUGACAAAGAGGGAACUUCAUCAAGCAAUGCACAACUGCAAGAACGAGAGGAGGGUGUUCUUGUCUUGGAAGAAGAAAUUAGGGCGAGGCUGAAGGAAGUUGAACGAUGGAGCAAUGAGGUUUCGGAAAGGGAAAGGGAAUUUUCAAGGGAAAAGGAACGGGUGGAAAAUAUGCUCCGACAAGUCGAAGAGGCGAAGGCAGCGGUUGAGACCGAGCGCAUAGAGCUGGAACGUUUGCGAGACUUGGGGGGCAUGAAGGCGACAGAGGGUGGCGAUGGGUCACCACACGACGAGAUGCUGGCUGAAAUCCAGCGAGCAGGGGAGGAGCUAGAAGAUGAAAAGCGUGCAGUGGAGGAAAUGAGGCAGCGUGCUGAGAACUUACUUGUUCAACAUGAACGCUUCAAGGUUGAUAUGGAAAAGGAGCGUCACGCAAUUCACGAGGAAAGAGCGACGCUGAUGGAGGAACAAGCCCAGUUGCAAGCGGCAAAGGUUGCAGUUGCCACCCAAUAUCAACAAAUUGAGGAAGCUAGGCAGGCAGUGGAAGACGAGCAACAAAACCUUUAUGAGGCUCGACGAAGACUAGAGGCGGAUACGGCUGCCCUGGAAGCUAGAGAAUCGGUUUCCGCGAACAUUACUGGGCAUCAAGACCAACCGGGGAGCUUGGAGCUUGAAGCUGAGCGUGCAGCUCUUGGUGCUCGUGAGUCAGAACUGCAGAAACAAUUUGAUGCGCUGAAUGAGAGGGCGUCAAGUAUCGACCGGAGCGCUAGGGAAGUAAGCGAAGCGCAGCGGUUGCUCGAGGCAGAUAAACGAUCAUUGGAAGCCCAACGGACGCAACUAUCAGAAAGAGAAGAUAAGUUUCGCAAAAUAUCCGAAGAGUUUCUGGCUCGGCAAGAGCAAUCCAAUAUCGAAGCGGAUCAAGUGGCCCGUGACAGGGUGGCUGCCGAGACGCUUCGUAGACAGGUUGAGAUGGAACGAGCAAAGCUUAGUGUUGAGCGCGCGGCUGUUGAGGCGGCCGAGGCCAAAGUGGCCGCUGAUCGCGCAGCUCUUGCAGACAGAGAGGGAAAAUUACAACGGUGGGCUGAAGAGAUCGGCCAUAAGCAGAGUUCUGUGAACGAGGAGAGGCGCCGAUUGGAGGACCAAAGAAACCGUAUUGAGGAAUCAAGAAAGGUGGUGGAGACGGAGCGCAGAACUUUGGAUGCAGAUCGCGCUGCCUUUGCCGAGAGAGAGGUCAAGUAUCGCGAAUUAAUGGACGAACUAUUGGCUAAGCAGGCCACAGUACGCGAGGAAGGAAUCAGAGUAGAGCAAUUGAGAAUACAGUAUGAGAAAGACCGUAGCCAACUGGAGCAAGACCGUCGAUUGCUUUUGGAGCGGGAAGGGCAAUUGCGUCAGCGAACGCAAGAGUUACUGGCCGGACAAGAUGCCGCAACAGAAGAAGCUCAGCGAGCGGCAGACCUGAGACGGCAAUGCGACAUAGAUAGGGCCCAGCUUGAAACCGAACGAACGGCACUUUUGGAGAGGGAAGCCAAGCACAAGCAGGCCGUCGAGGAGUUUUUGAAGCAGCGCCAGGCUGCCAAUGAAGCAGCCGCCCGAACUUCAGAGAAGCAACGUCAGUUGGAAAUUGAUCGGGUCACACUUUCAGAGAGGGAAGCUCUGGCUAACCGAGCGCUGGAAGAUCACGCUGCCAAGCAGCGAGAGUUGGAUGGUGCUAUUCGAACCUUCAACGAAUUCAAGGCACAGCUAGAUUCCGCCAUGCAGCAGCGGGAGGCUAGUUUACAGGACGAAAAGCGAGAGCUCGAGGCAGAGCGAGCGGCUAUCAAACAACACGCCGCCAAGGAACGCGCAGAGAUGGAAGCCCAGAUGAGAGUGGAACGAGCCAAGUUGGAGGAAUCCUUGAGGAUGGUGGAAGCUGACCGAGCUGCCGUCAGCAAGAGGGAAGAAACAGUGCGAAAGUCGAUGGAAGAUAUUGACAAAAAGAAAGUUGUGUUAGCCGAAGAGUUGGGCAAAAUCGAUGUGGAGCGGAGUCGAGUGGCCGUUUUGAGAGCACAGGUUGAACAGGAACGUGUGGAGACGGAAGCAAAACUCAGGACUAUAACUGCAAAAGAAGCGGAACUUGCUCGUGCUCUGUCAAAUGCACCUGGCUCAUUGAAGAGUUUGGGUGGCGAAUCUCCAGAGCGUGUCAAGACUCUUGAGACACAGAUCGCACAACUGUCGCUGGAAAGGGACACAUUGCGCGAGCGUCUCUCUACUGCACUUACGACACACGAAGCGGCCGCAAGGCAGAUGAGCUUGCAUGGCACUGAUGUGCAAUCAUUACGGGAUCGAAUUGCGGAGUUGGAAAGGGAGAACCGAAGCUUUCAAAGUAAUGUUUUGCGGCUAACCGACAUGCUCGAAAAUGAGAGGCGGAAAGAUAUUGGCGGUGUGGGCAUAGGCAAAGGGCCGUCCAUCCUGACCUCUCCAGUCCCAUCUGUCCAUACCCAUGUAGAUGACCGCGUGCAUGCAUUGGAACUGGAGCUUGCCCGAUUACGAACCGCAGUGGGGCAAAAUGGCCAUCCACUCGGGAAUGCGGAGCAACAGGGCCUUGCCAACGACAACCGAGGAAGCGACGUUGUGAAACCGUCAAUUCAAGCGUGGACUGGCCCCGACAAACUUUUGUCAGAAGCUGGUGCUGGUGAAAGAGAAGGAAAAACCACGCAUGACCUACUUAAUGUGAUAGUGGCACUGACAAGUACGAACCAAAGUCUUAGCAACAAGCUGGAAGAGUUGGGAUCUCAGCAUCGACCACCAGGAACGUUACCAAUGCCAGUACCCUCUCCCAUCCCACCCAGUUCUAUGGCACCGCAGGCCCGUACACCUCGUAUUCCUGAUGUGCGUCCACAGCAAGAUCAGCAUAGCCGGUAUUACGACGGGUAUGAUCGACCUCCAUUUCCAGAAGCAGGGGGAUCAUUUUACGGUGCAGCCGGUAGAGACACGCACCAGGCUGACUAUCCUCGACGACCCACCAGUCCGUAUGUUGGCAAAGGUCGUCAGGAGGAAGGGUACGCGACCGACUAUGAUUAUGAAACUGGGCGCGGACUGAGGAGAGGACGGCCUGUCGUACCUGCUCCUGUGUAUUCAAAUGGGGAUCGUAAAGUGUCUGUCGCGUCCGUGCGCUCUGAGUACAAGGAUGCUGAUGGAAGUAGAGGGCAAGCCACACGGAAAGUGGGCGGGGUCUCCGUGCCAGAUGCCGCCGGAAACAGCAGUAGAAGAGAAUCGGAAGCACACAGGGGGUCAAGGGGACCAUCGACUACUCGUCCUGGCCCUUACCAGACUACGCGAAGAAUGAGUAUCACCUCGGAUCGCUCAGAUGCUGCUAGCCAUACAUCCACGUAUUCCACCGCAACAGCUGCUGCUGCCGCUGCAGCUGCCCGAACAGCUGCAUUGAGAGCAAAAUUAGAGGCUGCAAGAGCACGAGUUGGUGGCGAAAGCACUGCAGCCCCUAAUCUUACAAGUGCCAGCGUUCCUGCUCCGGUUCCGUUGCCCGAAGCGGUUCGACCACCGCAACCCACUAGGUAUCGCAACCCUCCACAAGGAGCACCACGAUCAUCUUCCGCAGAUCGCGACAAGGACCGCGAAGAAAGGCCGAGAAGACCCAGUGGACGACACCCACCAUCUGAGGCUACCACGGGUAUGCAAUUGUACUUUAGUAAUGAGGAUUUAGCCGGAUUCAGCGAAACUACCAAGAGAAUCUUGUUUGGGGAGGGAGAAGGUGGUAGUAGUAGAAGUGGACAUGGGUCAACCAGAGGGGCAUGAGCUUGUGCAGUUGUAUGGAAACAAUGCGGAGCGUGUAUUUUCUUGACACGAGCUGUCAUGUGGGGAUGGGUGAUUGUAAAGACCUCUUUCUUUUGCUUUUAUGUUGAUUUUAAUUGAUGAUUUUUUUCUACAUGGUAUUGGAUGUAUGUUG